CGUCAGACAAUACUCAACAAUGACCUCCCCGAAAGUUUGGUUACACCCUCGAUUGCCGCGGCAUUCAAUGAGGCCAUCUCGCACUUUAAUCGCAUCGACGUCGUGCUGAAUAAUGCAGGAUACUGUGUUGUAUCAGAAGCCGAAGGCAUGUCUCACAAGGCAGCACGAGAGAUGUUCGAUGUGCUGCUCUGGGGUGCAGAAAAUGUCAUGCGUGAAGCCAUACGAUGCUUCAGGGACGUGAAUCGUCCACCCGGAACUUUCGACUGGGCCUCAUUAGCUUUGGAGUGUUUAUCGGAAGGAUAUAUCAGCGAACUUGACCCAGAGUGGAACAUCAAAAUCACUCUCGUUGAGCCUGGCCUGUUCCGUACAUCGGUAAUCCAAAACUGUGUGACAGAACCUGUUCACCCUGCUUAUGCAUCCAAUGCAUCCCUCCCUACGCGCACGUACCGAGCUCUCUACCCUGGUAUCGAGCAGACGCACUUUGACGGCGAUCCGGCCAAGUUUGCAGAAAUGGUCUAUAACUUGUCUCGUUUGGAUGAACCCCCGGUGCGCCUCCCUCUGCAUAGGGUCGCCUUGGAAUCUGCAAGACAGAAGGGGGAAUUAUUGCUCGAAGCCGCCGAGAAGUGGUCCAGUUGGUCGGACGAUGUGUACUUUCGUAAAUGAACGAAAA